CUUUACUAUUUCAGACCAUAAACACGGAGUGUCCUGUCGGCAGAAAUCAUGACAUCCAUAACAAUCCUAAAAAGGUCUUUUGGUAUUCUGGGAAGGUUUAAACUUCCACUCGUAAACACAACAGCUGCAACUCGGCCCAUCUCGUGUCGGUGGUAUUCCGAGACUGAACAUGCUGAAGCCAAUAUGCCAACAAUUAGAAGAGUCAGGAAACAACUCCAAGAAUUGAUUGGAACACAGAAAGUGUGGAGUGAGCAGCAGCAGGAUAGGUCAGGUCUGUUCAGCCAGCUUGCCCAGAGGCAAGAGGAUCUUGAGGAACGAUGCAUGACAGACAGCUACCAGGAGGCUGUCAUUCCGCUGGGAGUGGACCCAAGAUGCCAAGAGAAGUACCUCAAUUUCUUCAAGACGGUACGCAUCGGCAAGAUCAUGGAAGACCUGGACACAUUUGCAGUAUGGAUCUCCUACCAGCAUAACAGAGACUACACGGAGGCCAAUUCUACACCCCUUGUGAUUGUCACUGCAUUGGUAGAUCGGAUAGAUCUCCACGAAGUUGAAAUCCAGUAUGACAAGGACAUCAAAAUGUGCGGCAAUGUGACCUGGGCAGGGAAAACAUCAAUGGAAGUCACCAUGCGUCUACAUCAGAAACAAGAUGACGUUAAUUGGAAGAAGUUAAUAGGUGCGAGAUUUUUGAUGGUUGCACGAGACCCAGACAACAAAAGGGCAGCCUACGUACACCCACUAAGGGCCGAGACACCAGAGGAAGAAUCCAUUAUAGCAAGAGGGCAGCAGAACAAGGAGCUACGCUUAGAGCAGUCGGAGCAGUCGUUACUCAAGAGCGCCCCCACAGCCGAAGAGAGGGAAAUCAUCCACAAGCUGUUCGUCGAAACGCUCGAUCAGAGGAGUGCAUCUUUCAGCACCCGGGUCAAGCCUGCCAACGCAGUAUGGAUGGGAGACAGUAAACUCAAAAACCUGAUCGUCUGUUUUCCCGAGCAACGCAAUUUGUACAACAAAAUCUUUGGGGGUUUUCUGAUGCGACAAGCCCUCGAGCUGGCUUAUGCCAAUGCAGCAGUAUAUUGUCAAAGGAGGCCCAUGUUCAAAUCAGUGGACAGUAUUCAGUUCCGGAAGCCGGUUGAAGUUGGCGACCUGCUCUACCUAGCCUCCCAGGUUGCUUACACGGAGAGUAAUUACAUGCAGCUGAGGGUUCACGCCGAGGUCGUUGACCCCAGGACAGGGGACCGGGACACCACCAAUGUCUUCCACUUCACAGUCAAAUCAAGUGAACCGGUUCAGUCCGUCCAGCCAAAGACGUACGGAGAGUCAAUGCUGUAUCUCAACGGGAGGAGACACUUCAUGAACUUUCUCAGAGAAAAUCCAGGUGAAACGCCGGAGUAGCUGAAACCUUGUUAAAACUUAUUUGCUUUGAGGUUUCUAAAGGCCAGUUCAUGCAUCACAGCAGGGAUGUAGUCGAGUCCAUCGCAAGUCCCUGCGAGUCCAUCACAAGUCCUCCAGCCCCAAUUCAACUCACAAGCUUUCCAAACAAGCUU